AUGAUCAUUUCGCAACGAGAACCUCACUAAUAAGAUCGCAUCUACACGCACAUACCCCUCCUUCGAUUACGAAUAGACCCCCGAACGAACGAGAGCUCAUAAAGAGCUAAAACCAUAUAUCUCCAUUUAGACCAUAGUAGUCAUGAAUCGACCAGGAGCCGUGCCUCAAACCCUUCGAGGGAUGCCAACUGGAUUCGGUGGCCAGCAACAGCCUCAACAGCCAGGUAGAUCGGUGUCUGGUCGGUUACCAAAUGGAAAAAUAGCAAACAACGGUGCUGGAUGGGCAUUUGGUGGUGUUCCAAUGGGUGGUGCUGGUCUUCAAACGUCGUCAAGGCAACUAGGCGGAAAUCUGAGCUUUGCACAGAGCUUGAGUGGCUCUCAACCAGCAACACCUCUUGACCUCUCCGAAUUUCCAUCACUGUCGAAUAACUCUCAACUUCCUAGUGCGAAUGCAUCCUCCUUAUGGUCGACAGCAGGAUCAAGAGGAAUGGGCGGCACGAUACAGAGGAAUCAACAACCUACUCCCUUAUCUCAGCAUACGCAACAAGACGAUUUUUUUGCGCCUUCGAGGAUGAAUUCCGGCCAAGGUCAGUAUCGCUUUGGUAGCCAGAGUAAUGUGACGCAAUCAUCACAACCCCAACCUAACAGCAUCGACGACUUCCCUCCCUUAAACAAUAACAACCUUAGGAACGGCAAUGGUGAGAUAGGUCAGGAACGUAGCUCAAACCUAAUGUCAACACUGGGUUUCAGCACCCAGGGAGGUGCAGCUCCCGGUUCCAUGCAAGGCCCCCGAUCAGGAAAUGGCCUACUUAACGCGUUAUCUGCGAACACCCGAACAUCGGACGUUCGUUCCCCAGAGGGAUCUACAACAACAGGCGCUUCUCGACAGCAAGAUAUCCGAAGUACUGGAACUGGAGGUGGUGACGAAGGCCGACAAAAACCACCCGGUUUUCGAGAAGAUAGUUUAGCUUCUCAAGCUUCUGCUCAAGAUCCGGCGACGUCAGUUGAAGGACGCAACCCCCUCGGUGCAAUUGGUAGCAGUGACGGUCCCUCGGGCAAGACCGACCAGGAGGAGGAUCAAUCGCCUUCUGUACACGACCCUCUAGCGGGUAUGGCGCCUAUUGACAAGUGGGGAAUCAAGGGCCUCCGAACACUGAUGAACAAUUAUCCCGACUACAAUGCCGCUGUAACAGGUUUGGAUCCGACGACGCUAGGUCUUGACUUCACAUCACCCCAACCUUUGUCGACACAAAUAUUCUCCCUCUUUAACGACACCCCUCCGCGACCCGCUAUUCCCGAGUUCCGUCUACCAGACUGCUACAACGUGAAUAAUGUCCAGCCCCUGGAGAACAAGAUUAGCAACUUCAACGAAGAGACGUUGAUGUGGAUCUUCUAUAGCUGCCCCGGCGACAUCAAGCAACAUUUGGCAGCUCACGAACUCUACAACCGUGCUUGGCGAUGGCAUAAGAAGUUAAAGAUCUGGUUGACUAAGGAUGAGUUGAUGCAACCCCGAAUCCUCAGCACUCAACAUGAGGAAGGCUACUACAUCAUCUGGGAUACCACGGAUUGGCGUAAACAACGCCGAACCCUCACUUUACACUACGCCGAUUUGGAGACCAGUAACGCUGUCCUCCCGUGAAGAGGUGAUUGUUAUGGAACUGAACUGUACGCAAGGCCCGGCGAGCCCGCGUACUGAUAGGCGUUGGUUUUGCGGAAUGCACAGUCUAGGAGACAAGGAUCAUCGUGAGAGCUGAUGGCUUCGAGAUUUGCAUGCAUGCUAGGAGGGGCGUUAACAAUUGCCCAAUAUCGGCAGAUAGGCUUUAUUCAAGACCUUGCGAUGCCAGUAUUGAUUUUUCGACGCAUACCUAGCUUUAAGCUCCUAUGACUGACGUGAUUGCGACCUGUGCUAAUUCGUAGACGUAAUCG